AUGGAGAGGAUCUCGAUUGUUGAUGGCGAUUGGUCUUAUCUUGGAUACUUGGAGGCAAUGAAGUCAUAUUUCUACGAUUAUGCAACAAUAUUUUCAUUAAAAUCUACGUGGCGAAAACGUUUCUUGGCUAAUGUAAGAGUAUUUGAAACUUGUCACGAUCAAGAGAAAAGAGAAGUUGCCAUCUCCCUUAUAAAUGAGGUCCUUAGUUGUGAAAAACCAACUGCGUUGGAUAUGCUGGAUGUUGCAACCAGCAAUCAAACGAACCAAGUUAUUAAGUUGCUUGAAGAAGAAUCAGACGAAAAAUACCCUAGUAUUGAACGUCGGGAAGAAUUGGAUGGGCCAUCAUCAAAAAACGCGAACUCUAAUCCAGAUCCAGAUGCGAGUGAAGAAGAUCAAGAAGAAGAGGGAUCCGCGGAUAAAAUCGAUGAAUUCACUAUGGACAAGGGAAAUAAUGACAAGAUUAGUAACGGUGUUACCAACAACGAGAAUGGUAAUAUUAACUUCGUGGAACGAGAUAAAUUGACAAGUUAUAUCAAGACGAUUCCUGAGACCCAAAAAUGUUUGAACCUCGCAUAUUGGAAUAUACUUGAUUUGACCGAGAAUACCCAAAUGAAAUCUCUUUUCUCGACGAAUGACUGGGAGGAAAUGGUUGAAAGUUUCAAUAAUGAAGUUAAAUUGAUCGAAUCGGAUCUUCUUGAUGUGGUAGAGUAUUUUUUCGAUGAAGUUGAAAAAAUUACAAAAAAAGAUGAUAAAGAUAUUAUCAACGCGAUCGAUAGAUUAACCCCGGAAAUUAUUGAAAUGAAUCGAAAAGUAGAGCUUAGCGAUGAGGAAAAAAAUGUUAUUUCUACUUUAAGACGGGCUGUUGUCACGUAUGCUGAAAAUCUGGAAAGAGUUGAUCUUCCCGUUUCCGAGGCUGACUUUGACAACGCAUUUCCCAACAUGCUUGCCAAAAGAUUCUUAAAUAAGGAGAAACUAAAGAUGGAUUGGGAAAUUGUAUGUUGGGCGUCAGCUUAUCGCCGAAAUGAAGGUCGUUCCGUUGUUCUCAGAGCUCGCAUUGGACAAAAGUGCGAUUUUCGAGGAACUUUGAAAAAGAGUAUCAACAAGCUUGAGGCUCUCAUAGGUCUCAGAAGUGGUGGACUCCCAGAGCCUCAUAAAAAAAAAAUUUACGAAGACAAAGUUGAUCUAAGCGUGGCAAUGCGGGAUAUCUUAUAUACGUUCUUUAAAGAGAAUUCUAAAGCACCCAGCUCUGAUAUUCAUUCCACAUUUGUCUUUGGAAUACACUCAUGGGGAUGGGUUCAUAAUAUAUAUGGGAUGGACUGUAAAGCGACGAAUAUACUACGACUUGGUUGUAUUUCUCAUUCAAAGAUGCCCAACACCCUAGAAACUCUCCCAGUACUCGAAAGUUUCUAUGUACUUUUUAAGGAUUUGCAGACCACGUUGAAUACUAUUUGUGAACACACGAAUAGUGUCUCGCUUGCACAUUCGCGUGCACACAGAAAUCGAAAAAGGAAGAAUCCGGAACAGGCUGGUGAGAAAGGAGGUUCAUUUGGAAAUCCUUCACAAAGCCCGGCAAGUAAGAAGGGUAGAAAAUAUGAAGAUCAUUAA